AUGAAGGUGAAGUGGAGCCAGCUGGGUUUGGUGUUCUUCCUCAUUCUCUCUCUGGUGAUGACAGGCUGCUUCUUCUGGCAGUAUCAGCUGCCAAAACUUCCUCCAGAAGAGAAUGGACGCAACGCCAAAGCAGAAAUGAUGUGUCCCCGUUUCCCUGAGCCGCUGCCACUGGAGCAUCCCAUCCCGAGCCUGAAAGAGGCCCUGGAAAAGGUGGAUGUUUUGCUCCGGCAGACCAUAAACCCCAUCAGCCUUCCCUCUCUGUCAGCCAUUGUGAUCUUAAAUGACACUGUUUUGUGGACCGGGAACUUUGGGAAAAGGAACGUCAGUGACCCUUUAUCAGGAGCGCCCAAUGAGUACACAAUCUACAGGAUUGCCAGCCUGUCUAAAAUCUUCCCAACGCUGAUGCUCUACAAACUCUGGGAGGACGGAAAGAUCGGCUCUCUGGACGACCCCUUGGAGAAAUAUGUGGACAACUUCACCAUCAAAAACCCUCUGGGAAAGACGAGGGAUUCGGAGCUGAAAUAUGUUCAGAUCCGCUCCUCGUCAGUCACCCUGCGCAGGAUGGCCAGCCAGCUCUCAGGUUUACCCAGAAGACUCAGAGCCACAAAUCUGCUGUGGAAAGGGAAAACCCAAACUGCAAUCAACCUGCUGCAGGAUGAUGUCCUUGUCGCUGACCCUGGCACUAAAUGCCACUACAGUAACCUGGCCUUCUCUCUGCUGGCUCAUGUGAUGGCCGAACGAGUGGCGGCCGUCGACUACCAGCGGUGGGUCACAGACAACAUCUUGGAUCGACUGGGAAUGGAGGACACCAGCUUCGACAUCACUCCUGGACUCCAGACUCAGAUGGCAGUGGGCGUUUACUCCAACGGGAAACCAGCUCCUCUUUAUGACCUCGGCUGGUACCGUCCUUCCGGUCAGAUGUUCUCCACAGCUGCAGACCUUGCCAAGCUCGCCAUGAUGCUGCUGGGCGCCUACCACCGCAAGCUGCUGGAGCCAGACUCCCUGAAGAUCAUGCUCACUCCAGUGUUCAAGUGCGACAAGGACUACUUUGCCAACCGGACUGGGACACCGUGGGAGGUGAAUGAGCUGUUAGGGUAUGAAAUGGUGCGUAAAGAUGGCGAUCUAGAUGGCUACUCUGCUACAUUCUCCUUGGUACCAAGACUGAAGCUUGGUUUGGUGGUGCUAAUGGCAGGCAGUAGGGGCCAGAACCAGGAUGUGGUCGCAAAGGCCUACAACUACAUCAUCCCAGCCAUAGAGAAAGCCUUCAGGGAGGCCAGGAAGGUCCUGGCUCCUCCUCCAAACCCUGACCCUUACAUCGGCUUUUUCACUUAUAGCAACAUCACCUUUUAUGAGAUUAAAGCUGGACAGGAUGGAGUUCUUAUCAUGCAGCAGUUUGGACCUCAGAUUGAAGAGCUGAUCCCAGAGAAGUUCAGGACAAUAAAGCUCAACUUCCUGGUUGACCGGGUGUUCAGGGUGGUUUUUGAAAAGGAGUAUCCAUGCGUUUUAAAAGUCGGCACGGCCUCGGUUUCCCUGGAAGCACAAGACGGACAAUUAUUUAACUUCUACACAUUUGAUAAGCGAGGUUUAUCCCCUGGUUUUGAUGCACCAGGACUGAACACGUAUAAUGUGGUCAGAAUAGCACGCAAGCCAACUUUCUCAAGCUGA